UUUCUUUUUCUCAUAACAAAUGAAGCAUAUAUACCCCUAUUUCAUCAAAUCAUGAGAUUUCAGGAAUUAAUCUUACAACUAUAUCAAUAAAUCAAUGGAAAAAAUGACAGCAAGCACUAUUCUGCUUUCAGUAUUAUGUAUUUUAGUUGUGACAGUGUUAAUCAAAUUGAUGAAUUGGGUAUGGUUGAGGCCUACGAAGCAGGAGAGAUUGCUCAGACAGCAAGGUCUCUCAGGUACUUCUUACAGAUUCUUGUUUGGAGAUCUCAAAGAAUUUGUCGCGAUGCGUGCUGAGGCCUUAAACUACCCCAUGGAUAGCUUUUCUCAUGAUUAUUUCCCUCGAGUGGAACCUUUCCGCCAUCAGCUUGCUCCCAAACUGGGACUAGAUUUCCUCUGGUUUGGCCCUAUACCUAUGAUACAGAUCUCAAAACCACAGUUGAUUAGAGAGGCAUUCACCAAAACUCAAGAGCUUCAUAAGUUGAAGAUGAACCCCAUUUUAGAAAAACUUUUUCCAGGGCUUGUCAACCUCGAGGGAGAGAAAUGGGCCAAAAAUCGAAAGCUGAUAACCCCUGCUUUCCAUGUAGAGAAGUUGAAGCUGAUGCUACCAGCAUUUCGUGACAGUUGUGAAGAGAUAAUCAACAAAUGGGAGAUGAUAAUAGCUAAAAGGGGUUCAGGUGAGCUAGAUGUGUACCCAGAUUUGAUGCAACUCAGUGCUGAUGUGAUCUCUAGAGCAGCAUUUGGUAGCAAUUAUAAGGAGGGACAAAAAAUAUUCGAACUUCUGAAGCAGCAGACUGAUGUAGGUCUUCUUAUGUUACAAUCAAUUUAUAUCCCAGGAAUGAGAUUCAUUCCAACACCGAGAAACAGGAGAUUUAAGAAGCUGGAAUAUCAGAUGCGUACUUCAUUACGAGCAAUCAUUAACAAGAGGAAAGAGGAGAUUGAGGCUGGAAAAGCGGUAAAGACUGACCUAUUGAGUAUACUCAUGGAUUCCAAUUCAAAAGAAAUCCAAAAAGCUGCUGGAAGUAACAAGAAUGAGCAUAUUGGGAUGAGCCUUGAAGAUGUGAUUGCUGAGUGUAAACUAUUCUACUUGGCUGGACAAGAAACUACAUCAACACUAAUAGUUUGGACAAUGAUACUGUUGAGCAAGCAUCAAGAUUGGCAAGAACGAGCAAGGGAAGAAGUGUUGCAAGCAUUUGGCAAUAAGGUGCCUGACAUUGAAAGUUUAAAUCAUUUGAAGACAAUAACCAUGAUAUUGUAUGAGGUACUCAGACUCUAUCCACCAGUAAUGCAGUUGUCAAGAUGGGUUCAAAAGGAUACAAAUCUAGGUACAUUAUCACUUCCUUCAGGUACAAUGAUCACUAUAUUUAUGAAUAUAGUCCACAUGGACAAGGAACUUUGGGGUGAUGAUGCCGAAGAAUUCAAGCCAGAGAGGUUUGCUGAAGGGAUUUCCAAGGCAACAAAUGGGAAUAACUCAUAUUUUCCCUUUGGUUGGGGACCAAGAAUAUGCAUAGGGGAAAAAUUUGCAAUAGCCGAAGUAAAAAUGGCAAUAUGCAUGUUUCUUCAACGAUUUUCCUUUGAGCUUUCACCAUCCUAUGUUCAUGCACCAAGGACUACGCUGUUUCUACAACCUCAGCAUGGUGCUCAUAUAAUCUUAUACAAGCUUUGAUUGUAUUAUAAUCACAGGUUUCUUAAUUAUGCUUACUUGCUUAGAAAGAGUUGGCUUGAUUGUUUUAUAAGUUUGUAUUGUUCAUCUUUUCAAAGGCAAAAACACAACUGAACUUCAUACUUUAUGUUAAAAUCAUUUUUAAAACUAUGCAUUUUCUUCAAUAACCAGAAAUAAACUGGAGAUUCAUUUAAAACUCUGUAAUGAUUGGAUGAACAGAGUUUAGAUAUGUAAGCUUUAAACUGAUUUUUAGUUUUAGUAAUUUUUGUAUUAAAAUCUUAGUUUGUCAAGUUCCAAUUUUGAUAAUGAAAGGAUUAAUAAGAAACAAUGAAAAAAUAAUUUUCGGAAGCAAUGCAACAACAAAAUUAAACUAAAAGAGUAAACCUAUAAUCCAAAUGUGCAAAAGUCUUUCUUCUAAGAAAGCAAAGUCCUGAUCACAUCUUUACCU